AUGGGGGAUAUCAGCACGGCCAAGCGGAUGGUUUCCGUCCUGGCGGGCACCCUAAUAGCUCUUGCCUGUGGUACCAACUAUGCGUAUUCAGCAUGGGCGCCUCAAUUCGGCCACCGCUUGAGGAUCACCUCCACCGAAGUGAACUUUAUAGGCGCAGCCGGUAAUCUGGGCAUGUAUGCAUCGGGCAUUCCUCUGGGAUUGUUGACGGAUGCCAAGGGCCCACGAUUGACUACGUUCAUAGGGGCGAUAGCCCUCGGGGUAGGGUACUAUCCGAUCUAUUCAGCCUACAUGCAUGGACAAGGGUCUUUGGGGGUGGCCCUGUUGUCCUUUUUCUCGUUCCUCACGGGCUUCGGAAGCUCCUCUGCGUUCUCGGCUUCAAUCAAGACAGCGGCGUCGAACUUCCCAACGCAUCGAGGAACAGCAACGGCGUUUCCACUGGCCGCUUUCGGUCUCAGCGCUUUUUUCUGGUCAACCAUCUCGGCCGUCAUCUUCAAGGAUGAUACCGGGCGUUUCCUCCUUUUGCUGGCAAUAGGAACCUGCAUUUUGAAUCUCGUGUCCAUUCCGUUCAUCAAGAUCCGACCUCCUAGCGACCCAUAUAUGCCCAUGCCGAGAGGCCGAUCGCCAGGGGUGGAGUCUAGACGAUUGCUCAGGACCAAGUCCUUUGACCUGCGAUCCAACCCCGACGAGUCCGAUCUAGCAGGUACGCAGAGCUCUACUGCCUUUGAAGCCCCAUCCUCCCAGGAGCAUGGAAGGUCACCAUCGGCCGCGUCGAACUCCUAUUCUGGCCAACCAACCAACCUUGAUGAGACGUCAUCAUUGGUGUCGAAAGCCACCCCGAGAAGCUCUCGGGAUUCUCCUGCCAAACACGACGCGGACGAUGAUGACGACGAUGCUCUCUCUGAUGUUUCACCUGGCUCACCUCACCCAGACAUUAGAGGCUUGGCGAUGCUCCCCACAGUUGAGUUCUGGCAGCUAUUCCUGACCAUGGCGCUUCUGUCGGGCAUCGGUCUGAUGACUAUCAAUAACAUCGGCAACAGCACCAAGGCGCUCUGGAGAUACUACGAUGACAGCGCCAGUUCCAAAUUCAUCCAACAACGACAAGUCAUGCACGUGUCCGUGCUUUCCUUCGGAAACUUCAUCGGCCGUCUUUCUAGCGACAUGUCCCGAUUCUGGUGUCUAUUCAUCUCCGCCGUGGUGUUCACCCUGACCCAGCUAGCCGGGUCGACCAUCGCCAACCCGACCCAACUAGUCGUCAUAUCCGGAUUCACCGGCAUCGCAUACGGCUUCCUAUUCGGUGUCUUCCCUUCUCUCGUGGCGCACACCUUCGGUAUUGGUGGUCUUUCUCAAAACUGGGGCGUCAUGACCCUUGCCCCGGUCUUGAGCGGGAACGUUUUCAACUUGCUCUACGGCAACAUUUACGACCGUCACUCCGUCGUCGUCGGUGACGACGGCGAUCGAGACUGUCCCGACGGUCUGGCCUGCUACCAGGCCGCCUACUACACGACCUUCUUCUCCGGCGUGGCGGGCGUCAUCGUGUGUCUGUGGAGCAUUCUGCGCGAGAAGCGAAUCCACGGGGCAGUUCUGCGGAAGAGCGAACACGAUCGUCUGGCUUGA